AUGGUGAAUGGUGGUCAAUUGAUUCAGUUUUGUGUAAGAUUUAAGGAACAGGAGCUGCUAGAUGCCAUUAAGCAACAUGUAGCAUUCCAUAAAAGUAAGAGCUCUGGUUCCUUCUUAUCAGGAAAGAAAUACUGUAGAUCUGGGUUAGCAAUGACUCCUGGAAGCAGUGUUUUCAAGGAAGUUCUUGAAUCUCAUCUGAUGUCUUCAGAUUAUGAAACAGGCAAGGCUAAAUCUGAGGCCAAGAGUAAUAGUACAUCUACAAAAUCUGGUGUUGGGUUGAAUGGAAAGAACGGAGUUAGUUCAAAUAAUGGGGUGUACGAAUUACUUGGAUGCUCUGUUUGCAAGAACUUAAUGUAUCCCCCGAUUCACCAGUGUCCAAAUGGCCAUACAUUAUGUUACCACUGUAAAGUUGAAGUCCAUAAUAUCUGCCCAACCUGUCAUCAUGAUCUUGGAAAUAUAAGGUGUUUGGCUUUGGAGAAAGUGGCAGAAUCAUUGGAGCUUCCUUGCAGAUAUCAGAGUCUAGGAUGUCAUGAUAUAUUCCCUUACUAUACCAAGCUCAAGCACGAGCAAAACUGUGGAUUUCGUCCAUACAAUUGCCCUUAUGCUGGAUCUGAGUGCUCAGUGAUGGGUGACAUUCCGACUCUUGUUGCCCAUCUCAAGGAUGAUCACAAGGUUGACAUGCAUGAUGGAUGCACCUUCAAUCACCGAUAUGUAAAAGCAAAUCCUCAUGAAGUUGAAAACGCCACAUGGAUGCUAACUGUUUUUAAUAGUUUUGGAAGGCAUUUCUGCUUGCACUUUGAGGCAUUCCAGCUUGGGUCAGCUCCAGUGUAUAUGGCUUUUUUGCGAUUUAUGGGUGAUGACUAUGAAGCAAAGAAAUUCAGCUACAGCUUAGAAGUUGGUGCAAAUGGGCGCAAACUGAUAUGGCAAGGGAUUCCAAGGAGCAUUCGGGAUAGUCAUAGAAAAGUUCGAGAUAGUCAAGAUGGACUUAUAAUUCAGAGGAACCUAGCCCUUUAUUUUUCUGGUGGAGAGAGACAGGAGUUGAAGUUGAGAAUCACUGGUCGUAUAUGGAGAGAAGAUUGA